AUGACGCCUGCUGCUGUUCAUCAUCCUGCUUUUCAUCCUAUCCCUGCUCAAACUCGUUUAGGCGCUAUUAAUAAAAGAGGUGGUAAAACAAAAAGAAGAGUACAACGUAUCAAAGACCCCAAUCGUCCCAAGAGAAAGACGGGUUUGAAUAAACCUUUGAUCCUUAGUCCUGCUCUAUCCGAUUUGAUGGACGGUGAUAAAGAGCUUUCUCGUCCUGAAUUGGUACAAAAGUUGUGGAAAUACAUUAAAGAGAACAAUCUACAGGAUCCGGCAGAUAGAAGAUAUAUUCUUUGUGAUGAAAAGUUGAAAAAGAUUUUUCAUCAGGACAGAAUCAACAGUUUCGGUAUGAAUAAGGAUCUCUCCGCUCAUUUGACGAAAAAG